ACACACUCACACGCACACAUACACCACACAAACACACACUUGCACACGCCCGCGCCGCGCGCUCGCCUGCUCUCUCUCCCACGCAGGCGGAAUGCAGCAGCGCCCGGGGAGCUUUUCUGCAGUCGCUGCCUGAAUGCACCUCGCUGCCCGCAGCCGGGCCGCCCAAUAGGGCGCAAGGGAGGAAGCUCGGCCACUGGAGGCUGGAUAGUUUCAGAAAGUACAGUCUCACUACAUGGUUUGAGAAAUGGCUGUAGGAAACAACACUCAACGCAGUUACUCCAUCAUCCCAUGUUUUAUAUUCGUUGAGCUUGUCAUCAUGGCUGGGACAGUGCUGCUUGCCUACUACUUCGAAUGCACUGACACUUUUCAGGUGCAUAUCCAAGGAUUCUUCUGUCAGGAUGGAGACUUAAUGAAGCCUUACCCUGGAACGGAAGAAGAAAGCUUCAUCACCCCUCUGGUGCUCUAUUGCGUUCUGGCUGCCACUCCAACCGCUAUUAUUUUUAUUGGUGAAAUAUCCAUGUAUUUCAUAAAGUCAACAAGGGAAUCUCUGAUUGCUGAGGAGAAAACAAUCCUAACAGGGGAAUGCUGUUAUCUGAAUCCCUUACUUCGAAGGAUCAUCAGAUUCAUAGGGGUAUUUGCAUUUGGACUUUUUGCUACUGACAUUUUUGUAAACGCCGGGCAAGUGGUCACUGGUCACCUAACACCAUACUUCCUGACAGUAUGCCAGCCAAACUAUACUAGCACAGACUGCCGGGCACACCACCAGUUCAUCAACAAUGGCAAUAUCUGUACUGGGGACCUGAAAGUGAUAGAACGAGCUCGGAGGUCCUUCCCCUCCAAACACGCUGCUCUGAGCAUUUACUCCGCCUUAUAUGCCACGAUGUACAUCACAAGCACAAUCAAGACAAAGAGCAGUCGACUGGCCAAGCCAGUACUGUGUUUGGGGACCCUCUGCACAGCCUUCCUGACAGGCCUCAACCGGGUCUCUGAGUACCGGAACCACUGUUCAGAUGUGAUCGCUGGAUUCAUCCUGGGCACCGCAGUGGCCCUGUUCCUGGGAAUGUGUGUGGUUCAUAACUUUAAAGGAACGCAAGGAUCUCCUUCCAAACCCAAACCCGAGGAUCCCCGUGGAGUUCCCUUGAUGGCUUUCCCAAGGAUAGAAAGCCCUCUGGAAACCCUCAGUGCACAGAAUCACUCUGCCUCCAUGACUGAAGUCACCUGAGAGGAAUGAAGAGAUGCAGCUGUAACUGGUUUCUUUUUUUUUUUUUUUUCAACAACCUUCCAAUUCAAUGCUUCAAAACACACAGUGACUCAAGUCAAACUGUGAAGACAAGUAUUACAUUUAUCUAGUUAGAGGUUAGAGGCUAAUGUUUUGUAAAUUUUUUGUAUUAAAAAGGUGGUGUAGCUUGCCCUGACCUUUUUUUUUUUUUUGUCAGUUUUAAUAUAUUUAUGCAAGAAUUUUAAAACCAACAAAAUUUUCCUCUUGUUUAAGUGUGCAUUGAAGAAUCACAUUUAUUAAAUGGUUGAUGUUGUUUUGUGAUAUUUGUACACAAAUCUUUUCUCAGUUUUAUAGACACAAAUAAAGUCAAUGAUCCACUUUAAACCUUUA